UUGAGUGGAAUAAUGGCCGCUCACGGAGCGAUGCCUGGAACAGGGAGCAACAUGAAAAUCACAUCGAGCCCUGACAGCUGACCUACAACAAAUUAUACAAGUUGGGCAUUUCCUCCCAUACACUGCCCUCGAACGGAUGGGUAGCGGAGGUAUAUGCCAAAGGAUUCAAGGAACGAGAUAAAGACAGGUUAAGUGGUCAGAGAGAGAGGGGGGGAAACUAGCCACUGUUCAUUGCUAGCUGGCUAGUAUUAGCCACUGAACGACACCUGCUAAUAGCAAGCUAGUAAGGCAAUCCUAGUGCAUUUGACCCAGCUAACUCACAAUACUUGCUACCGUUCUGGACAUUUUGGCACAACGACCGAGCCAAGCUGGCCAUCAGACUGAUUAUAAGCCUGACACUCCCGCUAGUAUGAGUGGACCUGGACAAGACAGCGAGCCAGAGGCUAAAGUCCUUCAUAUCAAGCGGCUAUACAGAGCGGUGGUGGAGUCUGUGCACAAGUUGGAUGUCAUCAUCGGCAGUAAAUCGUCCUACAGAGAGGUCUUCAAGCCGGAGAACAUCAGUCUGCGCAACAAGUUGAGGGAGCUGUGUGUGAAGCUGAUGUUCCUCCAUCCAGUUGACUAUGGACGCAAAGCUGAAGAGCUCCUCUGGAGGAAAGUUUACUAUGAGGUCAUUCAGGUCAUCAAGACCAACAAGAAGCACAUCCACAGCCACAGUGCGUUGGAGUGUGCCUACCGGACUCACCUGAUUGCGGGCGUGGGCUUCUAUCAGCACCUGCUGCUCUACAUCCAGUCCCACUACCAGCUGGAACUCCAGGACUGCAUCGACUGGACGCACGUCACCGACCCACUCAUUGGGCGAAAGAAACCUGUGUCGGCCUCCCCUAAAGAGAUGGAAUGGGCUCAAAUGGCCUGCCACAGAUGCCUGGUUUAUCUGGGAGAUCUUGCGCGCUACCAGAAUGAGCUGGCCGGAGUAGAGGCGGAGCAGCUGGCAGAGCGAUUUUACCACCAGGCCCUGUCUGUCACGCCACACGUGGGAAUGCCUUUCAAUCAGCUGGGCACGUUAGCAGGUAGCAAAUUUUACAACGUCGAAGCUACAUACUACUACCUACGCUGCAUACAGUCAGAGACACCUUUUGAGGGGGCUUACGGGAACCUGAAACGUCUGUUUGACAAGGCAGCCAAGAUGUACCACCAGGUCAAGAAGCAGGAGAUGAAGAAACUGUCCCCCGCAAGGCAAAGGUCCAAAGACAUCAAGAGACUGCUGGUGAGCUUCAUGUACCUGCAGAGUUUACUACAGCCCAAGAACAGCAUCAUGGAGACGGAGCUGACGGCGCUGUGCCAGUCUGUGCUGGAGGACUUCAACCUGGUGCUGUUCUACCUGCCAUCAGCCCCCCAGCAGCAGCAGCAGCAGCAGCACACCUCCCUGUCGCCCGGAGAGGAGGAGGACGAGCAGCAACAGCAGACGCAGCAGACGCAUGACAGCACUGGCUGCUCCGUGCUGCCCGACACCCUGGUCUUCAAGAUGGUGGUCACCUGCCUCAUGGUGGUGCAUAGCCUUAAGAGGGGAGGGUCCAAGCAGUACAGUGCCUCCAUAGCCUUUACGCUGGCGCUCUUCUCGCACCUGGUCAACCACGUCAACAUCCGCCUGCAGGCAGAGCUGGAGGAGGGCGAGAGCCAGGUGCCAGCCACCCUGCACACCGACAACGCCGACGACCCCGAAGUGAGAGAACCCCCAAACGCCACUGGCUCAGAAGAACGAGUCCUCCACAACGGCUCUCUGGAGGACGAGGAAGAGGAGGACGAAGAUGAUGAGGACGAAGAGGAGGGCAAGGGGUGCAGAGAAGACGGCAGCAGCAGCGGCAGGCACAAGACACGGCGAGGAGGAGGAGGAGGGGGUGACGCCCAGCAUGGGGACGGCAGCAGCAGUAGCGGCGGGGCCAGGAGGACCGUGGGUUCCCAGAAGGCCGGCUCCGCGGCGGGCAGCGCCGGCGGCGACAAGCUGAAGCAGAAGAGGAAGUUCUCACGGCUCUCCAUGCUAAGGAGACGCCGCUGCGCCCGCAAGCAGGACGAGAGUGACCUGAGCGAGGGCUUCCAGAGCGACGAGGAGGAGGAGGACGAGGAAGAGGAUGGUGGUAGCGGCAGGGGAGGGCGUACCACGGACGGCAUGCUGGGAGGAGGUGGGGUGACGACGACGGGGGCAGCAGCAUCAACGACCGCCAACUCGGUGCCUGCUAUGAGGAAAGGAGGUAGGAGGAGAGCACCACUUACAGGAGCCCCGAGCUGGGAGAGCGGCACGGAGGAGGAAGAGGAUGAUGAGGAGGAAGAAGAGGAGGAGGAAGGGGGGACGGCUUUUGAUGUGGAGACGGACUCGGACAUGAACAGCCAGGAGUCUCGCUCGGACCUAGAGGACAUAGAGGACGGGGGAGGGGACGAGGCACAGGAGGAGGUGGAGAACGAGGAGGAGGAGGAGGAGGGGGACAGGGAAGAACCUCAACAACAACAGCAACAACAGCCGCAGCAGGUGUCGAGGGAGGAAGGUUCCGGAAGCCCGCUGGUGACCAACGGCCCGCUGCUCUCCGCCGACCCCAGCAUCAGCAGCAACCUGCAGGCCAUGUCCUCGCAGCUCUUCCAGACCAAGCGCCACUUCCGUCUGGCCCCCACCUUCAGCAACGUGCUGCUGCGGCCCCAGAGUGCACCCAGCCCCGCUACUCCCAACUCGGCUCCCUCGCCCCAGCCCCCUGCCCCUGUCCACGCGCACGAGGCGGAGGACGUGCCACUGGGCGGCGGCGGCGGCAGCACUAGCAUCAGCACUAGCAUCAUCGAGCCCGGCACGGCCAAUGGCACCAAUGAUAACGAGAUGGACUCUGACUCAGAGGGCAGUGAACACAGCAGCCCGUCGGUCCACAGUGAGAAGACCCUGCUAGAGAGACUGCAGAUUCUAACCAAUCAGGGCCUGAUUCCAGUGGUCAAGGUCAUCGUGGAUUGGCUGCGGACAAACACAGACAUCAUUCUUAUGUGUGCUCAGAGCUCUCAGAGUCUGUGGAACAGGCUUUCGGUGCUGCUCAACCUCCUGCCUGACGGGGCCAAGAUGCUGGAAGCAGACAUGGGCGUGAGCAGUGAGGUGUGCGACCUGCUGGAUCAGUGUGAGCAGUCGGGCCUGACACAGACGCUGCUGCUGCCGGAGGACGUAGCCCUGCGCCACCUGCCCGCCCUCAGCACCGCACACAGGAAGCUGGACUUCAGCAACAGCAGACCUACGCUCACCACACUACACGAGUGUAUGGUACGCGUGUGCUGCAUCCGCAGCUUCGGCCACUUCCUGACUGGUCUCCAGGGCAACGUGCUGCACUUCAACCCAGAGGCGGGCAUCUUCACCAGCGUCAGCCAAUCAGAGCAGGACAACCUGGUCCAGCAGGCCAAGGCUCAGUUCCGCAUGGCUGAGGAGGAGGCUCGUAGGAAUCGGCUGAUGAGGGACAUGGCUCAGCUCCGCUUACAGUUGGAGGUGUCGCAGCUAGAGGGCAGUCUUCAGCAGCCUAAGGCCCAGUCCUCCAUGUCUCCGUACCUGGUGCCUGACUCGGUCUCGCUGUGCCAACACCUCCCCCUGCUGCGGCAGCUGGCCAGCAGUGGCUGCUUCAUCAUCAUCAUCCCCCGCACAGUGAUUGAUGGGCUGGACUUGCUGAAGAAGGAGAAUCCUGGAGCGAGAGAUGGAAUCCGUUUCCUGGAAUCAGAGUUUCGCAAGGGGAAUAGGUAUAUCCGCUGUCAGAAGGAGUCAGGAAGGACGUUUGAGCGGGACAAGCUGAAGAGGCAGGACCCCGAGGCAUGGCAGCUGUACAAGAUGGUGGAUAGCUGCCGUCAGCUGACAGGCGCGCAGAGCAACGGGGACGAGGACACGGUCGGCAUGGUGACCAUCCUCACUGGUCACUCCAUUCCCGAGCUGUCCGCUCGAGCCGGGCCCAUGAAGGCUGCCAUGGCAGCAGUGGCAUCGGCGGGCAUGGAGCUGAAGAACGUGGUGGAGUUCUACCGGCAGUGGAAAGAGAUGGGCUGAGGAAAGCUUUUGCCGCGUGGCUACUUCGGCUGAUUCACACAUCCACUCCCUCUCUCUCUCUGUCUUUUCUCUAUUUCUCGUUCUCUAUCUCUUUCUCUCUCUCCCUCUUUCUCUCUCUCUGUCUCGCUCUCUCUCUCUCUCUCUCUCGUUCUCUUUCCUCAUCCACUCUACCGUCUGCAUCUGCUUCUCCGAGACAACAAGUGAAAACGUGAAGUCAAACCAGUUGGCAGGGAGAAUGAGAUGACGGCAGCAGGCCAGAGGCGGCUGUGUGUGUUUGGAAGGCGGAGCACAGGAAUGGGGAGAACAGGAGAAAAGAUUUCUUUUAUUUCUUUGAAACAUAGAAUAAAAAGAAUUAAGAGCAAAGGAAAAAAAAUAUCAAAAACCUAAAGCAGAAUCCCUUGCCCUUCUCUUACCCAGAGAAAGAAGAGACCCGCCCCUGUGCGGAGUAAGGAAGGAGAGAUUUCUAUUUUAUCUUUUUUUUGAGGGAAAGGCCAUUCAGACAUGAAGCGAUUCUGGUUCACACGUGUAGUACACAACCAGGUUUCUUGUUUGAAGAGAUGAGGGCCUAACAACUCACAGAGAGAGAGAGACGUACACACAUAACACACAUUAUACACAAACCCAAGGAGAAGACGUGAUCGAUUACCAAUAUAUAAAUAUAUAUAGAGCGCAAAGUUUGGUUUUCUUUUUUUUCCCUUCACGUUUAGGAAGCUAUUUUGGGGGGAGAGCUUGAUCUGGGCUUGCUUUUACACAGUCGGCUCCAGCCACACCAGUAAUGGCAGGUGGCGAGAGCGUGACUGCAACUGCGGUAGCGUAGCUACGAGCCACCAGAGUUCCCUAACGCUCACGCUGGAAAGUUCUGGAACCUGGCCCUGGUGCCAAAGCAUGGUUCCUUUUAGCCACCUGUAGGACUUGCCCCAAAGAGGAGUGGUCCGGGUGGAAGAAUUUUUGCACGUCUUCGGGAUGUUUUUUUUUUCCUCUCUGUGGCUUUUUUGUUUUUGUUUUUGUUUUUGUUUUUUUUUGCUGUGUUUUUUGUGACCAGUGACCUAAUGUAUUCAGUUACGUAUGUAUAGAGAGAGCAGAAAAGGGUUAUGUAAGGACAGCAAAAAAAAAAAAAUCAAGAAAAAAAAAGAUGGUUGGUUUUAUGCGAUUUUAUUUUUGUAUGUUGUACUGUUUUUUCUGUGUCUUGUCUUUCAUUAUUUUGGGCCUUUGUAAAACUGUGCUGAACACAGUAGCAGGAAGGGGUGGACCGGGGAGGACAGAACGGGACGCCAGGGGAGGUGAGGCUGACUUCUGACGGUCAAUUCUCCCAGGGGGGCGGGGAAAAACGGUCUUGUGAUUUGUGUUGGUUUCAUGCUUGCGUGGAUGUGAUCACAGUAGAGGUACUAGCUUGUAUCAACCCCCCUUUGGUCCCUUCCAUCAUCACCAACAGCAUAACAGAGGUCAAUCCCGGGCUCAGAAACUAAAAACCCUUCCACAAAUUUGACACAAUCAGCUGAUCCGCUGAUCCUAAUGAGUGAGUACUCAAAAAAUGUACUCCAGUUACUCAGUGAAGUCACCUGUGUUGGAAGGAAACAGCAGCAGGAUUUUUACUUCUGAAUUGUGUUUUUUUACUCGGCCGAUCAUCAGUCAGAUUCCUUAGUGUUGAUUCAACCCUUUGAGAGUAGGUGCAACACUACAAGUGUGAGAUGCAGCUUUAUAAACGUUGAAUUAGUACUGCAAAAAUGACUGCGCAUCAUCAUCCUUAAAGAAAGAGUGCGUAAUUUUGUAGUUUGUUUCCAGAACCUAUGCUGCCAUUCACAAAUGGCAUAUUUUUCAUGUAUAUUUAGCACCUCCAUCAAUUUCUUAGUAUUCAUUAUGACUUGGGAAUUUGCACUUUUCAUAUAUGUAAGGGGGAUUUUCUCCAUGUCAACCAUUUUGAACUUCCAGUAAUGGACAUAUUUGGCAGCAAAACUAGUGCAGUAGCAGUAAUGAUUUUUUACUUCAUACAUUUUCAUGAAAAUAUCAAUUUUGUGAAUGAACAACAUACGUUUUGGAAAAUAAACUACUAAAAUUGCAUGCUCUGCCGUUGCCCAACAACAUCUACCAACACCAUCACCACCCCUCCUUUCAGUUCUGGGGUGCGUUUCUCGAAAGCUUAGUUGCUAACUACGUUAGCUACUUUGUUAAUAGUAAUGCGAUUUCUCAUUUGCAACUACCCAAGUUGCUAACUGCUAACAACUAUGCUUUCGAGAAAUGCACCCCUGGUCCUAGAAAAUCUACUACUAAGCAGUUUUCCUCCUUCUGUAAACCAGAACAGAACCCAGCAUCAUUCCCGUCAUGCACAGUGCAAAAGGGAGACAAAUGUAUGUGUGAGUUUCAUGCAUUCAACAAUAAAAGAAAACAAGACUCCA